AUGGAGCGAGCACGGGUCAUGCUGGGAGCGAGCGCUGCAGACCAGGCAGGAGCUAAGGAGGCGGCGGUCAACGCGGCGAACACUCGCGCGCUCCGUGCCUCGCUCCAAGCGCUGAAGCGGCACAGCAACAGCUCGACAGGGUGGACCGCGUACACGACAGCGCUCGCCACAGCAGCGGAAGCGGGGGAGCACACGUGUCCUGACCCCAACCUGUCCCACCCUGGCAACCGGUGCAAGCCCGCUGAGCCUGGUGGAGUGAGCUUUGCCGAGCGAGCCAAGAGUCUCGGCAUUCGGUACGAGACUUUCAGCGACGCACGUGUGCGGAUGCACAACACGAACCACGACAUCGCCCCCAGGGACGCCGUGAGUGACAGGUGGGACAUGUACCAGGAGUCUAAGAAGAGAGACGCACCCUCUCACCCUCGGAGACAGCUCAUGCACAAGGGAGCCAGAGUGUGGAGGAUGUUCCUCGAGAGCCGGCGGUACCUGGCACUCAAGGGACGACUACUUGAGCAGGGCAGCAGCUUCACCGACCCUGGCAGGACAACGUUUCUGUCGACGCGGUGUGGGUGCUGCUCCGAUGACUGCAUGGUAACGAAGUUGUACCCCGACUUGAUUGGCAAGGUGAUGGAGAAGUCGGGAAAGGAGAAGGUUGGGAGACGCACGCUUGGGACUCAAUCGACCGGCGGUAUCGUUCCGGUGAUAUCUUCGGACGAGUCCCCAGUAGCGCCUACUACCAACCCCAUGCCUAGUCCGACGCUUGACGAGAGCAUGGAGGAGAAGGAAGAUGGAGACGAGGAGAUGGAGGAGGAAAGGGAGGAGGAAGAGGAAGAGAAAGAGGAAGAGGAGGAGGAGGACGGGGAGGAGGGGGAGGACAGGGAGGAGGAGGAGGAAGAGUAG